AUGGAUUACAAAAAUCAGCAGCAAGGUAGCUACUACCAGAAUCAAGGGCCUGCUCCCCCUCCUCCUCAAAAUGCCUACUACAAUCAGCAACAUCAACAGCCUUAUUACCCUCCUCCACAAAAUCAAGGAUACUACCAAUCACAACAACCAAUGUAUUACAGCCAGCAACCACCCGUACAGCAACCGCAAGCAUCUAGAGGCUGCUUGGGCACCUGUAUGACAUGUAUCUCAGGUCUCCUUUGCUGCUGCUUGGCACAAGAGUGCUGCUCCAUGCUUAUUUAA